UUUUUUUUUUUUUAACUUUUUCCUUCAUUCUUUACUCCCUUCAUUCAUAAUAAAUGUGAAUGAUGAUAAAAGAAGAAAAUCUUUUUCUCUUCAUCCUACUUUCCUUUAUUAUGUCAAUUAUCAAGAUAACAACUAUUACAGCAGUCAUUCCUUUUAUACUUGUUCAUAGCAUAUUUUCUAUUUUAUCUAAUCUAUUUAAAAAACAAACCACAAAGAAGAAGAUGUGUAAGCCUCCUCCUUUAGUCAUCGAUACUACUACAACAAGUCAUGAUAUCGAUUUAUUACAUGAAGAUACUGUCACACCUCAAUUAUCUCCUUCUGCUUGCUCUAUUGCUUCUUCUAUUACGCUUGUUGAUGAUAAUAUUGAUGAUCAUUGUCCUUUUCAAUCUAAACGUUCAAAAGUUAAAGAAAUGGUUUAUUUUUUUGAAACAGUACAACAGCAACAAAAGCAGUCUUACUAUAAGCAGUCUACAAAGAUAGUUAUUCAAGACCGUGAAUAUGAAUAUAAACCACUUGUCGGUGAAUGGAAUAUAAAAAGAAGAUAAAUAAUUAUAAUAAUAAUAAAAAAAAAAAGACACAUAUUUUUUUUUUUUGUAUACAAAA